AUGUUAGAUCAUAUGGCUACUUAUGUGGCGGAACUUGGAUCACCAUCUCUUGCAUUCCUGUUCAACUACUAUCGGUUUCACAGGUCACUCAAUGCCGGUGAUGUGCGCUCUGAUGCACCACUACUUGUUUCGAUGAUUACUUCACCGAAUGUGCCGCAAAAAUUCCACAAGGUUCUCUUUGGAUAUCUCAUGUUAAUACUCGCCGACACUCCACAGGUGCAAAUUCCCGCUGAAAAUAUCUACGAAUUGAUAUCGUUCUUCCGUCAGUAUACGAUUGACAAUGCGGAUAAAGAAGAUGAGACAUCCGAAGACACGAUUCGAUCCCUCAAACUUCUUUUGCUUACGAGGUUAGCCGAAGCAGAAAUAGCCACUGCAUGUGCGUCAUGA